CUAUUUAUUAAUUAUUAUGGAGUAGAAAAUAAAAGAACCUCUGCUCAUUCGUUCGGUUAUAAAACCCUGAGAAUACACCGGGAGAGAGAGGCCGUGUUUGAGAGAGAGAGAGAGAGUGGAGAUGGAGUCGAAACCAACAGAAACGAGCAGCUCAAAGAUGUUUGGGGGAUACAACAAGAGAUACAAGCAUUACAGUCCCACACUGGGCUGCUCCAUGAAUUUCCACAUAUACUUCCCUCCUCCUCCCUCUCCUUCCCACAAAUUACCUGUACUCUACUGGCUCUCUGGCCUAACUUGCACUGAUGAAAAUUUCAUAGCUAAGUCCGGUGCUCAGCGUGUUGCUUCGAGUGAGGGAAUUGCUCUGGUUACUCCGGAUACAUCUCCAAGAGGCCUGAACGUGGAAGGAGAGGCAGACAGCUGGGAUUUUGGUGUAGGUGCUGGGUUUUAUCUCAACGCUACACAGGAGAAGUGGAAGAACUGGAGGAUGUAUGACUAUGUUGUCAAGGAAUUGCCAAAACUUCUGACUGAAAACUUUCCACAGCUUGAUCCAUCACGUGCAUCUAUAUUUGGUCAUUCUAUGGGUGGGCAUGGAGCUCUGACAAUCUACCUGAAAAACCUGGAUAAGUACAAGUCAGUGUCAGCCUUUGCACCUAUUGUCAAUCCUAUAAACUGUGCCUGGGGCCAGAAGGCUUUCACAAAUUAUUUGGGCGGAAAUAAAGCUGAUUGGGAGGAUUAUGAUGCCACUUGUCUGAUAUCAAAGUUCACUGAUGUUUCUGCUACCAUUCUAAUUGAUCAGGGAGAGGAUGAUAAGUUCUUGCAUGAUCAACAACUGCUGCCACACAAGUUUGAGGAGGCAUGCAGGAAGGCCAAUGUACCUCUCCUCUUGCGGUUGCAACCUGGUUAUGACCACUCCUACUAUUUCAUUGCCACCUUCAUUGAUGACCACAUCCUUCAUCAUUCACAAGCUCUUAAGCUAUAAUUCCAUGAAGCUCGGGCUUUUGAGAAUUUCCGACCCUUCUGCUGAACUGCGGACUGCUAUGUUUUCUGUGGAAAGAUGCAUCAAGAAUAUCUGAACUAGUAGUUGGUUGAGAUAAAUAAUGUUAAAAACAUAUAGGAUGGUUGUGUUGCUGUUCAAUCGUUAUUAUUAUAAUGAAAGCCGUAGAGGCUGUGUUGGAGUUGUUUCUACUACAAACAACUAUUUUUAAGAGUGAUAUGUAUUGUUCUUGUCGGAGUCAAUCCUAUUCGUAGUAACAAUAAGCACAUUCUACAGUUCAGUGGAUGGAUAUCGAUUUAUUAUUAUAUUAAGAGAUAUUGCAAGUA